UUCUAAAACAUUACUUAACCUCACUAUAACCAACAAAUAUUCAAAAUACUGUUGCUUAGCGAUAAACAGUUGGUUCGUUUGCAGAAAUAUGGUAGAAUCGCAGAAUAACGUGUGCUGUCCCAAGCCUGGAGCUGGUGGAGAAAAGUUGAAGGUAUUGGCAAUACAUGGCUACAGACAAAAUGCAGAAGUCUUCAGGCAGAAGACAGGUUCCUUCCGGAAGAUGGUCCACAAGUGGGUACAGUUCACGUAUGUAACGGCCCCACACAAAGUCAUUUUGGUGGAUGAACUCAACAAUGAUGGAGAGGAGGUCAACAUCGGACAAAGUGCAGACGAAGAGCAAUACGGAUGGUUCUUCAACAGGGAUAACAAGACAUACAGGGGUAUAAGGAAAGGAGGUCCCGCAGUUGGUUUUGAAGAGAGCUUGAAGUUUAUUGAAAAAGUGGUGGAGGAGCAGGGACCAUUCAAUGGGAUCAUGGGAUUCUCACAAGGCGCCUGCUUUGUAGGGCUUCUGUGCGACCUUCAAGCCAGAGGAAUGCUUCCCUACAAAUUCGAUUUUGCCAUCAUGGCAUCAGGCUUCAAAUCCGAUUGUCUACCGCACAAAAAGUAUUACUCCGAACCAAUCAGUAUACCCACCUUACACAUUUACGGCGAAACGGAUAACAUAAUUCCCACAGAAAUGAGCAAAUCCCUGGCCACCGUAUUUGGAGAGCCGCUCGAGAUUUCACAUCCCGGAGGGCAUUACCUGCCAGCUACCGCUGUGCAGAAAAAAGAUUACCAAACGUUUUUUAAAUUAUUUAUGAAUUAAGUAGAUGCAAUUUUUAACUUUUUAAGUUGAGAGCACUUUAAAUUAUCUAAUAAGACAUAUUUGACCCGCGGAAGCUAAGAAAUUAAAAAAAUAAAGUAUAUUUUAUUUUGAA